AUGUCAGAAAUCAUUCUCUCUAUCAACGCUGGUUCUUCCAGUGUGAAGAUAUCCGUUUACAGGACGACUACGGACAACUCGCAGGUUCCGACCCAACUAGCGGAGGCGGUAAUUGAAGGGCUUACCGCACCGCCAGCAAAAUUCAAGUACACUCGCGGAGACGAGAAGAUCCAGGGGAAGGAGUUGGAAAACAUCCAAACCCAAGAAGACGCGUUCCGCUAUAUUCUCAAACAUCUUACCGACGACGAAGGCUUGUCCGAACUGAACCACAAGGAUGACAUACAGUUCACUUGCCAUCGCGUUGUCCAUGGUGGUGACUACCCGAAGUCGCAGAUCAUCGACCGAGAAACAUACCAUCAUAUAGAGGAGCUCUCGGACCUAGCACCUUUACACAAUGGCCCAGCUCUCACUAUCGUCCGCGCGGUCGCCGAUAUAUUGCCGCGUGCUAAGAACAUAGCGUACUUUGACUCCUCGUUUCACAACACCAUACCAGACUACAUCUGCACAUACCCAAUAGACCAGAGUAUUGCUCAGAAGAACAAACUCCGCAAAUACGGAUUCCACGGCAUCAGCUAUAGCUUCAUCGUACACGCCGUAUCAACGUAUCUUGAGAAACCGAAGGAGGAAUUGAACAUUGUGGCCUUGCAUCUUGGGUCUGGCGCCUCAGCAUGUUGCGUCAUGAAUGGCAAAUCGCACGACACAUCCAUGGGCCUUACACCUCUGGCAGGUUUGCCUGGCGCAACACGAUCCGGCAGCAUCGACCCCAGCUUGAUGUUUCACUUCACCCAUAAGGCCGGAAAACCGAGCAGAAGCUCUAGUGAAAAGUUGCACAUUACGCAAGCUGAGGAGAUUCUCAACAAGAAUUCGGGGUGGAAGAGCCUGACUGGGACGACAGACUUUGGCAAAAUCUCAUCAUCAGAUCGUCGCGAGGCUCAGCUGGCCUUUGACUUGUUCGUUGACCGCAUCUCAAACUACGUUGCGCCUUACUUCACCAAGCUUGAUGGCAAAGUCGAUGCUCUAGUCUUCGCUGGUGGCAUCGGUGAGAAAGGCGACAGAUUAAGAGCCGCUGUUGUCAAGAGCGUGCAGUGUCUAGGCUUCGAGAUUGACGAGGCCGAGAAUGGCAAGCAUAUGGAGGGAAUUGUAACAGACAUAAGUAAGCACGGUGCGAGGUAUAAGACCUUUGUGGUACAGACGGACGAGCAGUUAGAAAUGGCAAGAGGCGUGAUGGCGGACAGGGAUCGAUUCGUGGGCAAGAAGUGA